AGAAUAAUAGUAAAAAAAUAAAAUAGAAAAGAAAAGCCGGAUGCUGCCGAUCGUUCGUCUCCCCUAUAACAAUCAUCUUCUCCAUUUUCACCCGAUACGCCACGUGCCAAGUUCCAGGUCCUAACACGUGUAACAGCUCCACAAAAUCCUAAAUCGUCUGCCUGCCACGAACAUAAUCCUCCCGCUCUCUAAGCAGAUUCCAUCUUCCAUUUUCCACUCCAAAAUCUACUUGGGCAAUUCUUUGGCAUGGAGAUUGCUACGACAAGGUGUUGUCUUGACAAACAAAUAUCAUGGUUUUCAUCACACCUCCGAGCGUUAGAUGCGGAAAAUGCCCACAGACUUCCUUAUAUUUUGACUGGCUGGAAGUUGAGGACAAGUCAUCGAAGGUUAACUUUAGAUUCUGCUAGAAAGCAAAAUAAGAGCUGUAUUGUCUGGAAGACACAUUCUGUGCCUGUUGGUUUGGAGGAAUCCUCAUCUCUACAGUCAGGAGAUCCUUUAAAUGAAGAUGAGAUUGUUUCUGAGGAUUCACCAGAGCAGCUUUUUGCUAAACCACUCAGCAGUGACGAGUUGAAAUCUCUACUGGCUGACUCUGAGAGGACAAAGCUCACCAAAAAAUUAAGUGAAGCUAAUCAGCAAAACCGGUUCCUCAAACGACAGUUACAUAUCAAGGAGGAUGCGCUAGUUAACUUCAAAAGUGAACUUGCAGUCAUGGAACUGGAGAUUCAGGCAUUAGUCUCACUGGCAGAAGAAAUAUCUCAAGCUGGCAUUCCAGAAGGUUCAAGAAAAAUCAAUGGGAGAUACAUUCAAUCUCAUCUUCAUUCCCGCUUAGAAGCUGUACAUGAGAAAUUGAAGGAACAAAUAAAGGAUGUAGAUGCUGCACGGUCGAAGGAGAUUCCCUUGUUCUGGUGUGGCAUGGCAGAGAGUGUACAAGUUAUGGGCUCAUUUGAUGGGUGGAGUCAAGGGGAGCACUUAUCACCAGAGUACACUGGUUCUUUUACCAAGUUCUCAACCACAUUAUUGCUCAGACCUGGAAGGUAUGAAAUCAAGUUCGUGGUGGAUGGAGAAUGGCAGCUGUCACCUGAAUACCCUACUGUUGGUGAGGGAUUAAUGGAAAACAACUUGCUAAUUGUAGAGUAGCUACAGUUGUUGGGUCCAUAGAGUCAUGCUAGAUGUAGAGAACUGACAAUUGCAUUGUUUUCCAGUACGAGCUUGUUCCUUUUACUCUUAAUCUCUUCUAGCUUAUCUACUUGUAUCCACUGUAUAGCUUUGAACUAGCAGCUUAAUAAAAUAGAUUGUUUUAAGGAUUAAAUUAGGAGGAAUGAAAAGGUCAAACUCUUUUAUUUUUCUUA